AUAAGUUUAAUUAGCUAAUACCUGCUUUAGUAAGAGAAUCUUAAAAAUAUUUAAAUAUUUUAAAUAGCUUGCUUUUGCAUGCUUUUUAAGAUGUCAAACUUUUAAGAAAACUUUACCUAUGGAAAGCUGAGAAAUUUGGUAAGCUGAAAUAUGAUUUUUUUAAAAAUUUAUCUUUAUUGUCAAAAGCAUUGCAGAUGUCCCCUUUUGAAAUGUGAUUUUGAAAACCUCCUUUUCUUGUACAUGAAAAAGGAAAUUCCAUGUUGUGUAUUUGGCUAGUUUUAGCAUAAUAAAAGGAGACUUCCUAAAGAUUUUUAUAGGUUUUGACAUUAAAAUGUAUGGUAUUGUUACUAUCUACUAAAUUACAAAACUAAAAUCUGAUUUGCACAACUAUUAUUUGGUAAUAAUCUUGGCUCAUUUCUGAAUGACUUCACACGUUAAUGUGUGUGUGUCUUUACAUGCCAUAUAUUAGCUCAAUUAACUUAAGAAUCUUUUAUUUAUGAUUAUUGAAAUCUAAUACGUAUUAUCUUAUACAUGUACACAUUCAGGUAUAGUCUAUUGACCACAAUAUUGCAGUAGAUUGUUUUCCCUCUUAUCUGUGGGACUAUGGUGAUGUAUAAACAAACAAAUGGAUUUUGCAUGUUUCCUGUUUCUUCAGGAUGGAAAUGGUUUGCUUCCAAUGAUGGCCUAAACAUUUGGAAAUUCUGUUUUCCCUGCUUCUUGUCUCUUUCUUUCCCUUAAAGUAUUUUGGGAUAGCCAUAUGGGAAUAAAAGAUGGAACUGUAACCUGACUCAAAGGAAGAUUCCGCACACAAAGGAAAACAUAACCUGGUGGGCAGCCUUCAGGAGCGAUGCCCUUUUGCCACAAUAUAAUGAACAUUUCCUGUAUGAACAGCACCUGGUCGAAUGAUGUCCGUGCUUCCCUGUAUAGUUUAAUGGUGCUCAUAAUUCUGACCACAGUGGCUGGCAAUCUCAUAGUUAUUAUUUCCAUAUCACACUUCAAGCAACUUCAUACCCCCACAAACUGGCUCAUCCAUUCCAUGGCCACGGUGGACUUCCUGCUGGGCUGCCUGGUCAUGCCUUGCAGCAUGGUGAGAUCCGCUGAGCACUGCUGGCCUUUCGGGGAAGUCUUCUGCAAAAUCCACACCAGCACCGACAUCAUGCUGAGCUCGGCAUCCAUCUUCCACCUGUCCUUCAUUUCCAUUGACCGGUACUACGCUGUGUGUGACCCGCUGCGAUACAAAGCCAAGAUCAGCAUCUUGGUUAUUUUUGUGAUGAUCUUCAUCAGCUGGAGCGUCCCUGCCCUUUUUGCAUUUGGGAUGAUCUUCCUGGGGCUAAACUUCAAAGGAGCUGAGCAGAUGUAUUACGAACACACCCACUGUGUAGGGGGUUGUUCCGUCUUCUUUAGCAAAACACCCGGGGUUCUGGCCUUCAUGACUUCUUUCUACAUACCUGGGUCUAUUAUGUUGUAUGUCUAUUAUAGGAUAUACUUCAUAGCUAAAGGGCAGGCAAGAUCCAUUCACAAUGCACACCUGAAGCUUCAAAUUGGAUUGGAAGAGAAAAGUGGAAUUUCACAAAACAAAGAAUGCAAAGCUGCGAAGACUUUAGGGAUUGUGAUGGGAGUUUUCCUUUUUUGCUGGUGUCCUUUCUUUAUCUGCACAGUCAUGGAUCCUUUCCUGGACUACACUAUCCCGCCUACCUUGAAUGAUGCGUUGAUUUGGUUUGGCUACUUGAACUCCACUUUUAACCCAAUGAUUUAUGCAUUCUUCUAUCCCUGGUUCAGAAGAGCAUUGAAGAUGAUUCUAUUUGGUAAAAUUUUCCAAAAAGAUUCAUCUAGGUGUCAAUUAUUUUUAGAAUCAAAUCCAUAGGAUUAUAAUACCUUACUGUUUUUGCAAAACAGCUGGUGAUGAUAUUUAUGAACACCACAUGCACCAACUGGAUUGUCUUUACAGUGACUUGAUUUAAAGAAUGUCUAAUGAGGUAGGAUGAUUAACUCCUGCUUCCUACUUGGUAUGUAGUAUAUAUAACCUUUGCCAUUCUUACCAUACAUAGGAAGCUUUGCAAGUCCAGAAUUUAAGGUACUACAUUUAAAAAAGCUUUUCCUGUUUUUUUUUCAUGUACCACCACGGAAUUGAAAGUGGUCCUUUACUCAGUUAUUCAGCAGUAGAAACCAUAAGCUGCACUGGAAAUGCAAAUUAGAGUACUUUGUCAUAUAUUUGCUUAAAUAUGUAUAGCUUUUUGUGUUGUUGUUUUUUGUAAAAUCAGCUAAAAUUGCACAUAAAUGUUAUUUAUUAAAUAAUUAUUUAUAUAUACUUUGCCAUUUACCACAAAUUCUUAAUAUAUAUUCUAAUUAUUUUUUACAUUUAUUUUUUAUUUUUUUACUGUUUGUAUUCUAAUUUUUAAAUAUCUCCAUUUUCAUCUCUUGAAUAUAGGUAUUCCUAAUUCUCAUACUUGUAGGAAAUUCGCAAAAUUAAGAAAAAAUAUCAUAAAACAACAUAAGGAAGAAAAAUAUCACUACAGCUCACUUCCUGAAAUAACUAUAUUAUUUAAAAUUUUUAAAAACAUUUUGAGUGAUUAUAUAUUUCAUUGUAUAUCUUUAGCUAUUUCCCUGUUAUUGACCGCAUAGUUCUUUUUUAAUUCCUUUUUAUUAAAAAAUAGAAAUUAAAUUUGUUUCUGCCUGUUACCUGCUAUUGAAGUUCAUGAAAGUAUCUGGAAGGAUUUUAGCCAUAUUUCAAGAUUAUUCUUGGUAUGGCAGGACUCAAAAUGUAAGCUACACAAAGUAAAACAAAUUCACUCCCUGGGCUCCAGGCUGUCCAAAAGAGAGGCUGUUACCCAUCAAAGCAGUGAUAACGGAGGGAUAAUAAGAGGCAUAAUCAGAGUAGACAUGCCAAGCCUGUUAGGGUAACAAAUACAAAAAGAGGGACAAAUGGUGGUUUCAAAUAAGAUCCCCAAAAAGGAAGUGA